AUUACCGAUACCAAACAUGGCGUCGUAGCUUAUCAUUUCGUUGUUUUUUAGUUGCGUUGCCGUAUGAAGCAUAUUUCGCCAAGAAAAAGCGUAUGAAAUGUGAGAUCGACAAACCCAGUGGCCAAGGCAUGCAAAAAAGACUAUCCGGAGGCAUUAAUCCACACUGAGGGGAAAGGGGAUAUGGCUGCGGCGGCAGCUGCACCUGCGACAUCCAAUGGGAAUACACCUGCACUGGGGAUUGCCCCCGCUGCUGCUGCUCCUGCAGGAGGGAGUGGUGGAGUGGGUGGUGGAUCAGGUGCACAGUUCCGGGAAAUUCACAAGAACACAUGGCUGAAACGGCUGACGGCGGAUGGCAAGCGAUUGACUGUGGGUCCCAAGAAAUCUGAGUGCAGCUGGGUGGUGUUUUGUGUUCAUGAUGAUACUGAAGCUUUACUUGAGGGUUACGCGGAGCCACGGCAGGCGGCAGGACACUUGCCGGAGUGGGCCGUGUCCUUGCGGGAAACUCUGCACAUUUCGCACGCCCUCAUUCCCAAUUCUCACGAAUUCGAGUUUGUGGUAACGCUCAGCAACGAGGUGCUCCGCUUCCACGCCGUUUCAUGGGAGAUUAUGCAAGAAUGGGUGGAAACAUUGCGAUCCAAAUUGAGGGAAAUGAAGAUUCUUUCGCCGCGUGAAAAUCUCUACACGAAGCUACCUGAAGUACGCGCUCCGUUGCUACCCACACGGGAUCCCACAUCACCGCUUCCGCCACCACCACCCGUCCCAGCAGCUCUGGUCCCGGGAGUUGAGCGUGUGGUGGCGCCCAGUCAACAACCAUUGCCACAGUCCCUACCGGAACAGCCAUCCAGCCCCACUCCUGUGGCUAAUCCACUUCCCGUACAUACAGCUCUGGCUUCCACAGCUCCUACGUCAGCUCCAACUCCAGCUCCCGCUGCCAUGUCAAAUACUCUUACCCAACACUUGCUGAACAUGCUCUCGGAUCCCAUUAGUACCUACAGCGAACAGAUCAGUGAGGAAUUGGAGCCUUCUGGGGCAGAACUGGAUGCAACAAUAGAAGAAGCAGCAGCUUCAGACCCCCUUAACACGAACGAUGCUGAAUUGAAUCUCUCCGAUGACGAAUUUCUGUCGCCGCUGCUGCGAAAAGCCUGUGUGCUAACCGAGAACGGGGUCCGCGUAGAUGUUGUGGCAGCUACAGCUCAGCGAGUAUCUGCGGAUCAAAUUCUCAAUCUGGAGCACAUGCUGCAAUGCGAACGUCUGAUACCCAGACCACAGACAUCCAGGUCGAUGUCCGCAGGAGCUGCUGACAAAUCAAAGAGGCCCCCACGCAAGCCCCUGCAAGCCCAACCAACAGCCCAAGCCUCCAAAAGCGAGGAACCUCAGGACAAUGUUACAAUCAUCCAGGUGUCUAACACCAGCACCGUUGGCCAGGAUCAGGAUCAGCCGCCAGAACUGCCGCCCAAGAAUACCACAACAGCCGAGGUCUUUCGCUUCCCAGAAGUCAAGGCGAAAGUGAAUGGCAAACAGCAUUUACCACAGGCCCAUCAGGAGUAUAAAAGCAAUGUACAAAUCAUUCCGUCCAAUGUCCAGUCCAGCAGCAGUACCAGUACCAGUACCAUUCAAGUGGGCAGUAGUAAUUCCUACACCACGCCGAUCAAGCAAAGUGCUUCCAAUAGCUCCAGUUCUAACACGCCGGCCAACUCUUCGGGCACCACCAAGGUGAAGGUCUUGAAUGAAGGAGAAGCCACAACUGUGGCCGUGUAUGGAACAUGUUAUCCAUCGCCCUCCACUUCCAAUUCAGCUUCCAAUCCCAUCAAGCCGCAGACUCCUAAGCUGAGCAAGAAAAUCAUACUUAGUGCGAAUACGUCGGGCAUAACGAACAUAAGUAUAAACAGUGAGCAGAGCAGUGACGCCAUCAUCAGUGGCAAUGUCCACUACGAAAAGGUGUUCCUGUCGUCCAGCAUUCCCAUCAGCAGCAACGCCAGCCCCACGAGAAGUGCCCAGCCUGUUGCGAAUGGAAGUCCAGUCCUAUCACGUCGAAGGCUGGCUUCGCCGCAAACCCAAGUCCAGCCAGUGCCCCAAAAUGCUCCUAGAAGGACACCCCAGUUGACCAGAGGUCUAACGGAGCUGGUGAUCAGCUCCAGACCUAGUCGCAGGGACUUCCACUACUUGAAACUACUCAACUCGCCUUUGAAAACCAAGACAACUCAGAAAUCCAGCAGCGCAACAAACAACAAUAUCGAACAUCAGCCGCCUGCCAGCUCAUCCAACUCGUCUCAAGUAACAGCAGUUCAGCGGGUUACGACCAGUGAGAGCCAGGAGCAGCGCCGGCGCAGCUCAUCCACUUCAGAUGCGCAGGCGCCGCUUCAGCGAGUUCCCCGCGAGCCGGGAAGUCAAAGAAAUGCCAACAAUAACGAGUUUACCCCGUCACGCAGUAGCGCCUUUAGGAUGCAACCUCCGCCACAGGGAGCUCCUCCCAGCAGCAGCACCCCAGCAUCGACAAAUCCCGGUCAGCAGUCACCCAACAAGCGUUUAACCCUGAGGGAGCAACAAGUCAUGCAACUGCGCCGGGAGAUCAUGCAUCCGGGUGGGGUGCGAUUAAAUUUGCGGCGCAAGGAUUGCGUGGGCUCCAUCGCCUGGUUAGAUGCCUUCGGAGGCGUUUGGAUUGGAGGCUGGAAGCAGAAAGAGCACCCUGUGCUCUACAAUGCCCUCCACAUUGGCGACCAGCUACUGACCAUUGCCGGAGUGAACAUCAGCAGUGCCGCGGAGGCCAAUAAGAUUAUCAGGAAUACGAAUACGUUAUUUGUCGAGGUUCUGCUGCGUCGCAUUCCAUUUGGACGUGCCUACGCCAUAAGACGUGACCGCGAAGGGCAAUGUCUGGGACUGAUUCGCGAUGGAAAUACGGCAACUAUUGUGGACGUGGUGCCGAACAGCUUGGCCGCACGACACGGGCUUCCUCCCAAGACCCAGUCAUGCGAUGGAAACUCGCUCACCUUUUGGAUGCUCACCGAAAUCAAUGGGCGUCCUUUGAAUCUCUUUUUCAAAGAUAUGGAGAUACGCGAUCGCCUCAAUUCCGUUGGCCGGGAUAUAUCCAUUUUAGUGCAGCCAUCUGAUCUGAUCACCAAGCUGAAGAAGCAGCUAAAGUCGCUGCGCGGCUACAAGGAUUAUUUGGUGCAGUGAACCACAACCACAAU